CGAGUUCGAAGACGAAGACUAUUGUCGUCGUCGUCGUCGUCCAUAUCACAGCCCUUGCGCCUCUGAUUGAAGUCGAACUUUUUCACUGCAAAGAAAACUGUAGUGUGCGGUUGGAUAUUCGUUUAUUCGCAAAUUUUGCGCAAACUUUCGAAAGUAGGAAACGGAUCUUGUCUGGAAUGCUGAAACAAUAGAGAGUCUACGGAUAAAGGAAGAGGUGUGUACCCUUCGGGUGAUUGUGCAAGAAGCAGGAAAAGCAAAGUGCAGAGCGCAAGAGAAAACUUUCUAUCAGGAACAGAGUGCGGGGCAGCAGUCGGAGAAGAAGAAGAGAAAGAAGUGCGAAACCGAAAGAGACCAACAACACAGCAAGGAAGAAAAAGUAGAACGUAAACAAAAACAUAAAAAUCAUACAGAGGAAAAAAACACAAAGAAAGGGUCUAAAUCUGUGUUUUUAUGCGUCUACGAAAAAGCAAACAACAACAACAGCAAAAAUAGAGGAGAAUCUACAAACGGAGAGUGGAGUUUUGAUGGUGUUCCAUCAGAGAAGUCUUUGACGUUUCAACACACGAACACAUCCGGCAGGCGCGCAAGGUCGUUCAAUUCUGGAAAGCAAUCAGUGAACAUUUAGGAUUCAUGUGCAGCUCAUAGUGCGUGUGUGCGAGCUAGAAAGUGCAUCUCGUGAGUAGAACCAAUCAGAACUACAGGAAGGAAGGAAGAAGAAGCACCAUUCGUAAAGACAGUGCGAAGUUACUACUAGUACAGUUACGUACGCGCGUAUUCGUGCGUAACUUGUGGUGCAGUUUGGAGCAAGCACCAAUACUACCAAGCACUGAUCAGCUGUGAAGUAGUAGAGUGUGUAUAUUUUUCUAGCUACCAGUCAGCAGUCACUAGAUCGCAGUAACCGUGGUCGCAAUUUCUGUCAUCAGAAACGUAGUAUUUUCAAUACACAGAGCCAAUCAGGCAGUAGCGAAGGAAUAGGAGGAGUAAACGAGUAAGCCAGCAGCAGCAGUUUAGCACAGAGAGCAGUAGCAGCAAACAACUAGGCAAUAGAGAAAGUUACGGACGGAUCGAGCAAAACCAGCUUGCUACGCAUAUCCACGGGGAAAAAACGGGGACUACGGACUGGGAUUUCUUCUUAUUUGCUGUUGAGCUUGAAUGUUAAAACGAACUCAAAAUUGCUUACGUUCGGGAGAAGCACGGCUCUUCUGCAAGGUCCUCCUCGUCCUCAGAAGAAGACCUCAAUGAACGACGAGCAACGGUACCGAGCACGAGCACGAGCAGCACGAGCCACAAUCAUCAUCCGCACCAUCCGCAUCAACCGAGUCAACGUCAACCCGACAGGCACCACCAAUCUCCGAAGCGUCUACGGCCCUCGACCUCAUCCGGUGCCCAUUCUUCGCCAUCGUCGUCCUCGUCGUCUUCUUCCGCUGGAGUAACUCAGCACCGUACCCAGACCGGUGUGGUGAGACCAGAUUCGGAAGUGGAUCAUAAAGAGGACAAACUGAGCCGGCGGCCGAGACAUCGAGAGCAUCGAGAAGAUCAAGACAAGGACAAAUCUCACCACCAGCACCAGCAGCAGCGUAGAAAGUCCCAGCGGCGUAGGAAGCAGUCUCUCAGCGCAGAGGACGAAGCAGGCAAGACCCGCCCAGGGGACGACAAAGGGGAAGGGCUCGAGGACAAAGAGGAGGAAUCCUUUGCUAGUCCGCAGAGCAAACGACGAAAAAUGUUGAACGACAACAAUAAUCUCAACGGGACAAUGUCCACUGCCUCCCCAAUGGAUUCGACCUCGUACGACAUGAAUGGCCACAACAACAACGGCCAGCAACAGGACGGUGAGGUCAACAAUGACGUCGUAGCGGCCACCAACGGGGAAUCCUCUGCCCACCGUAAGGUAGUUAAACUCGAUAAGACUAAUCAGGAGAUUGUCCGCUUGAUUGGACAGCACCUGAAAAACAUUGGACUUGAGAGAAGCGCCGAGGCUCUGAUGCAGGAAUCUGGUUGCUGUCUGGAGCAUCCGUCGGCAACGAAAUUCCGCAAGCACGUUUUGUCCGGCGAUUGGACUAAGGCUGACCACGAUCUCCAAGAGCUGCAGACUAUGGUCGAUCCCAAAGCGGACCGUGCCGGGAUGAGUGAGAUGAAGUUUUUGCUGCUGGAGCAGAAGUACUUGGAGUUUCUCGAGGAGGGACGUCCCAUCGAUGCUUUGCAUGUGCUCCGGAACGAGCUGACCCCGCUGCAGCACAAUACGCCACGUGUUCAUCAGCUGUCGUCGUACAUGAUGUGUACCAACAAUCAGGAACUCUAUCAACGCGCCAACUGGGACGGCAAGGGAGUAAAGUCCCGCACCCGGCUGAUGGAUCGCCUUCAGUCGUACCUCCCGGCAACGGUCAUGCUGCCACCAAGACGCCUACGCACUCUCCUAGCCCAGUCGGUGGAGAUGCAAACCGAACGCUGCCAAUGUCACGAUAUGGCCUGGAGUACCAACAUAGACAACGUGUCGCUGCUGGUCGAUCACAAUUGCUCGUCCGAGGGCUUCCCAAUGCAGGCACUGCACGUACUGAAUGACCACUCGGACGAGGUUUGGUUCUGUAAGUUCUCACCCAAUGGCCUGCGGUUGGCCACGGGAUCCAAGGACAAUACAGUCAUCGUUUGGGAAGUGGAUCCGGUCAAGUUGAUCCUGAAGAACAAGCGAACCUUUGACGGACACACCUACGGAGUGUCAUUUAUCGCCUGGAGCCCAGAUUCUAAGUACUUCAUCGUAUGUGGUCCGGAGGAUUGUCCGGAUUUGUGGAUUUGGGAUGUCGAACAGGAGAAGCUGAUCACAAAGGUGUCCCACUCUACGGAUGAUAGUUUGACGUGUGCCGCUUUUAACAAGGACGGAACACGAUUCGUAACCGGAGGCACCCGUGGACAGUUCUAUUUGGUAGAUCUCGACGGGACAGUUCACGACAAUUGGGAGGGCGUUCGGGUGAACGGAUUGGCGUUCCGUUCGGAUAACAAAACUAUUUUAGCUGCCGAUACACACUACCGAAUACGAGGCUACAGUUUCGACAAUCCUCGAACCGACUACAACAUCGUCCAGGAGCAGUGUCCCAUUAUGACGUUCUCGGUCAACUCGGCGGAUCGGCUUGCCCUGCUGAACAUUUCCUCUCAAGGACUGCAUUUAUGGGAUCUCCAGGACAAGUGUUUGGUCCGUCGCUUCCAGGGUGUAACCCAGGGCAACUAUACCAUCUAUUCCUGCUUCGGAGGCGUCAACGAGAGUUUCGUGGCAAGUGGCAGUGAAGACAACAAAGUCUAUAUCUGGCACAUCCGCCGGGAGGAACCGCUGGCAACACUGGUGGGUCACACUCGUACCGUGAACUGCGUGAGUUGGAACCCGGUGUAUCCGUCCUUGUUGGCAUCCGCCUCGGAUGACGGUACGGUGCGCAUUUGGGGACCGAAGCAGCCCCAGCUGGCCUGGGCCGCCAGCAGUAACAACGGAGACAGCGCGUCGAUCGCGUCCACCAGCUCCACGGCUUCGUCCUCGUCGACGGCAUCGUCGGCCUCGUCCGGCACGAAUAACGAUCUUAUAUCCAACUCUUCGUGGAAUAUCACAUAAUAUUAGAUUCAGCAGCACGUGGACCCGCUUUUUUCCCCUCCCCAAGUAGUGAACGUGUUAAGCAUUAUUAUUAUAUUCGGUUCAACAAUAUAUAAGUGAACACUAAAUUUAGCAAAGUAAUUUAGCGGUAAUAUAACGAUGAAGAGAGCAGAGGUAAGAAAAUUCAAACGAAAGAUAAAAUGAAACACAAUAUUGUAACGUAACAAUAAAAUCAGAUCCGCAGGAUGAAAUUAGUAGACCACAAACACACUCAUAGACAGCGACAUGAAAACUGCAAAAGAAAUAUGCUCUAAAACGAUCAUAAUCGAACCACCUCGUAAAAGUGCAUACAACCAACAACAACACAAAAAAAAGUAAGAGAAUCACAUCCACCUUGUAUAAGAAGGAAAACCAAACCUAAUAGAGAACAAACUAAUCAAAAAACAGAACCGAUAACAGCAACAAAAAACACAAUAACAAAUAGUUAUUUGCUCUGCAAUAUUGAUAUUUAAACAGCCAGAAGUGGAAACCGUGAACGAUCAUGUGAUUGAAGGUGAUGAUGAUGAUGAAGCAAAGUGUGUUUGAUGUUUGUCUUACGCUGUCUGAUAAUGGUUUAGAUUGACAAAAAGUAGAUGUGAGCGUUAGUAGGAGUAUUGGCGAUUGGUGGACUUGUUAUGCUACUUUCUAUUUUUUUGGUUUUAUUUCGAACCAAUUUGAAAUACGUUUCAUGGAAUUUAAAGCAGAAUGAAGUAGAAACCCAUUUUUAAUCAUUCAAUGUAGAUGGACAGAGGAUGCGAAAAGCUAAAUUUAGUAACAUUCGCGGUCGUUGCUAUCGAGAGAUAUUGUUUUUCCCAAAUUUAUCUUUUAUUUUCGAGAAAAUUACGAAUGUACCAUCUACCAUUUUUUAUUGUUUUAGUGUUAGUUAUGUUAAAAUGAUUGCAAUAUCUCCCAUCGAGUAGGAGACAAAAAUGAGAGAAAGUUACGCGCUCUGUUUCAUUUUUAAUCUGUGAAAUAAAUGAGAAUUUGCAAAACACUGAUCCCACGAGAAGAACCAUUAUUUAAGCACAUUUUUCACUUUUACAUUCAAACACGAAAGAACAAUCGAAUAAAAAAAAACGGUGUUCGUCAAGAUUAGAGCAAAAUACAUAUAUAUUUAGUUGAUGAAUUAUACAUAUUUUUAAUUUAUAUAUACACGAAAUAGGAGCAAACGGUUUCACCUUAAGUUUGCCAUUUUAAAAAAAGAUUUUUCUCAUUUACACCAUUUAAAUAAAUCAGACGAAAAAGAGUACCCUUAGCAAAUUCAAUUAUUUAUGGAGAUCAUUCGCUUUUGUUGCAAUUGUUUUGUCCCGUUUCCAAAAUUUUCUCUUGUUCUUUUGGUGAAGUUAUUUUGGUAUUCUAUUUUAAAUUUUCCUGAAAAGAGCACAGCUAAGAUGGAUAGGAGCGUUGAAAGUAGAAGCGUUUGCUUUACUUUGGAUUAGAGUAAGCCAAGUAAGAAUGAUGGAAAGAAGAAUACGGCGGACGAAGAAAAAGGUGAAGAUGACAGGUAAAGUAGCGUCAGGAAAGAGUUAUGUGGAUUGUGUAUUUUACUGAAUAAACUUUUAAGCAAACCGAUUUGGGAUUUAACGAUAGCAA